UGGAUUUCCGACCAAUCCAUCAUCAAGAAGCCACCAGCUCCAGUGCAUCUACAGCUCAUCCAAACCUCGUCCAUCAAGACAGUCUUCCAGACAUACCUCAGGAAAGCAAACCGAUACGCACAAGUGCAAGAGUCAAGGCUGCGAAACAGAAAACUCAAACAUCCUCGCAAGGUAAAGAUCGUGAUUCCGCCAAUCCAGAGCAACAACAAGGAGCAUCUACCUCCAACGUCGAAAGUAUCAGCACUCGCACUGCCCGCGUUAGUCCUGUGAAGGCGAGCCGUACCAGUGAAAGAAGCACAGGGAAAGGGAAGGCGAAAGAGGUACAGCAGGAAUCCCCCCGUAGUAACAAACGGCCACGUCGUAGUCAGGCAUCCACCCAAGCCACUCUCUCAAUCAACGAACCCUCUCGUGACCCCAAAGGCAAGAAACGAGCCGCUCCAGAACCUGAAGAAGACGAAAUCGCAGGCCCCUCCGUCAAGCGCCCAAGAAGUUCCGGCUAUUCUUUGAGAUCCACUUCAGCUUCUGCUCAGUCCUCUGAAAUGACUCGCAAAUCCAGGACAACUACCUCGAAGGGUAAAGCUGCCCUGAAAUCCAAGAUGGCCGCUGCCAGUUCUUCACGGAUCGAGGACGAAGACGUUGAAAUGAUGGACGCGGAACUGACCCGACAUGACAGCUCGGACGGCGAUGAACAACUUGAGGAGAAGAUGGAUGUUGAAGAGAACAUACAGAAAGAGGAUCACCCCAAACCGAAAGCAGAUGAGAAACCAGGGGGGCCUGAACAAGACGAUGACGAUGACGAUGACGAUGACGAUGAAGACGGGGAUGGCGGUCACUCAGGGGAAGGACGAAUUUCCUCAAACGAUGCAGGUCCUAUUCCGGGAGGUAUGGAUGAAGCAACUGCCCUAGCUAUUUUCGGCGAUUAUCGACAGUUCGGCUCUUACAUGAUGUCGCUAUCCUCGCGGCUGAAGACUAUGUUGAAUAACAUCAAGUCCACCGCAGAUCCUACCACGAGACUUCUCACUCUCCAGGAGCUGAGUGAGCUGUUGAGUAUUAGCACCGAAGAUACUCUUGCUGGUUCCUUCCAAGUUGAACAAUUUGUUAAGGAACUAGUGAAAAUCCUGGGUGGUCGCAGUACCGAAGAAGACGAAGAGGAGGACAAUGAUGGAGAGCGUGACGAGGAUGCGGCUCUUGCUGCAGCCAUCGCGAUGAGCUCCGGAGGAGCGUACCAAGGAGACGAGAACCUGGAAGCCCAAGUACUCGCCUGCAGAUGCUUAGCCAACCUCAUGGAAGCUCUGCCAGGCGUGGCUCAUACUGUUGUCUACCAUGGCGCGAUUCCAGUCCUUUGCAGCAAACUAAUUGAAAUUUCCUACAUCGAUUUGGCCGAGCAAACCCUCAGUGCGAUGGAGAAGAUCUCAGAGGAGUUUCCCAGCUCGAUAGUCCGUGAAGGUGGCCUAGCUGCCUUGCUCAAUUAUCUCGACUUCUUCUCGAUUGCGGUUCAAAGGACGGCCUUACAAGCUGCCUCAAAUUGUUGUCGAAAUGUCUCGUCUGAGCACUUCCCUAUGAUUCGCGGCGUCUGGCCCAUUAUUAGGAAUUGCCUAACUUACUCAGACCAGCGUCUUGUGGAAUUUGCUUGUCUGUGCGUCAUUCGCGUCAUCGACUCGUACCAUCGGUCGUCCGUAGAGAACCUUGAAUCACUGGUGGACACAGACCUUAUCAAGGCUGUCAACCAGCUCCUGCUUCCCGCUGGUGGAUCUCCCCUAAUUGCAUCGAACACUUAUACCCUCCUCCUCCGAGCUUUAGCAACAUCUGCUCGGGCCAGUGCCAAGAUCACUGUGGCUCUUUUGGAGGCAGACAUAGUGGACACCCUUUAUCAGAUACUAACCGGGGUCUUACCUUCAGCCUCAGAAGACCAUUCUGAUCAGGGAGACUCAGCAAGCGGGCAGGGCUUAGGAGGAGGUCUGGCUGAUAUGACCGUUAUGGAGAAUCUGGCCCACAGACCAAAGGAUCAGGUGGAAGAAGCCUUGAGCCUAGUUUCAGAGUUGCUACCCCCCUUGCCCAAAGGUGGCGUAUUCGAUCACAAAGCUUAUUCGGAAAAAUCCCUCGCUCGGAUGGUGAAAGCCAGAGCGAAGGCCGAUCGAGCGGCCGCUCGAUUGGCUGCCCAAUCACAGCCGCAACCACAGGCUCAACUGCCGACAACUAUUCCAGCAGCUGAAUCCGCCGCUACGUCAACAAGCCAGCUCACAGGCGACACGACUCCCAUUGUCACGGAAGGAGCCUCACAAGAUGCUGAAGAUAAUGUGGAAGGUGCUGCCGCCCUUCCUAACAUUGAACCUACCCCAGACCGCACCGAUAUGCUAAAGUCAAAGCCAGCUGUGGUUGGCAGGUUCAUGCAACUUCUCGUCCCGAUCUUGAUAGAUGUCUAUGCUGCCAGCGUCAUCAUACCGGUCAGGGUCAAGACACUAACAGGGCUACUUAAAGCCGUGAGCUUCCUAGACUCUGAUGGUUUGAAGCACGUCUUGAAGGUCGUCCCUGUGGCUAGUUUUGCUUCGUCCAUCCUGUCUUCUAAGGAUCACCCUUCUCUUGUGAUCGGUGCCCUGCAACUGGUUGACCUACUAUUAGGAAAGCUGCCGACGUUGUAUAAGCCGACGUUCCGGCGAGAGGGUGUUUUCCACGAGAUUGAUGUUCUAGCAGAGCGAACUCUGGCCUCAGUUAAAGCAAAGGAAAAGGAAGCACCAGAUUCUGCUGGAGAUGAUACCCCUUCUCAUCCACCUCCCCCUAUCCCUGGCUACAAAAAGCUCUCGUCAAUGUCGCUUGACCCUGAAGAUGCUAUCACCUUGCGUGCUCGUGUUCUGCAGUUUAAAUAUCUUCACGACAAGGAGGACUCGGGGGGAGACGCUGCUUUUGAACAUUUGCGUGCCCUUGUCGACAAGAUUUCUGCGCCUAACGCCAGUGACCAGGAUUAUUCAGAAGCCCUUCUCGAACUGGCCGUCCUAUUCUCGUCCCCCCACACUUCUGUUUCGAGUUUCGAAUUGCUUCAGAGUGGGGUCAUAGAUGGCUUACUACAGUUCGCCACUGAUGCGAAUCGCUCUGGAAACUUGCAACGGCGAAAGGAAAUUCUUCUCGAUGCUUUUGCCGCACGGCGAAUGAAGAAUCUGAACCCAAGUCAGACACCGUUUGCCACGUUAGUGAAGAAAUUGCAAGAGAGUCUUACUAGGAUGGAAUCCUUCGACGUCAUUACUGUUGCCCAAAACAGUGACGGCUCGAAGCGCAGCUCCCCGUCUCUGCUCGCGCGCCAGCUUCGCCUCCGCCUGGUUGCGGGUGAUGACUCUGAUAUUCCAAGAAACCUCCACAACAUUGUGGUGUCGAUUCAUGCAAUUGCUACUUUCCAGGCUCUGCACGACUAUCUUCGUCCUCGCGUUGCAGGCCUCCUGAGCAGUUCCCGGCUUUCAGGAAUGUUUGCUGCACUUGCGGCAUCUGGGUUUGUGGGGUCAGCUUCCCACCCGCCGACAAAUGAGCCCUCUGUCAAAGCCUCUAGCUCCAAUGCGCCGGCUGAAUCCAGCUCUGCCUCCACUGUCCAACGUCGUCGUAGUCAACGCCUAGCCAAACAAGCUGCUGAGGCUUCGGUGACAGAACCGUCACCAACUAGUGCACAAGGGUCCUCAGAGGAUGCAGAUGGAGCUGUAAAUCAUGCUCCAGAAUCCUUGGCACCGACGGCACCAACAGCAGAGCCUGCUCCCAGUGAUACUGUUGUCGAUUCGGAGCUGCAGGCAGAAUUUACCGAUGACGAUGAAGUGGACGCGGAGGUGUUCGACGAUGAGGUAGACCCUGAUAAUUCUAUUGCAGACAAGACUAUCACGUUAUCGGUUGGUGAAGGUGGAACGAAGGUCGAGGCACAGACACCAGAUGGAACCCGAGUUGCGACACCCAAUGCUGCUUCUAAGGACGGCUUGCUGGCAAUGGCCCGAAAUUCAUUGUCGUCUCGAGGUUCGUACGCUGCUGCGUUGAAGGCUAAGCCGACGGAUUGGCACCUCGAAUUCUCUAUGGAUGAUCAUAUUCUACCGUUGGAUCUAACAAUCUAUGGCGCAAUUCACCAGCAUGAGAUGCGAAAGAAAGCUGGGGCGGCACCGCUGAACAUGAUUUGGCAAGGUAUUUACACCAUCAAGUUCAAGAAGGUCACUGGUCCUGCUCCUGGGCCUGAGAGUCGUGGUGACGGUUCUGACCCCAUCACCAAGAAUAGGUCACCGAGCCCUACCCUCUCCUCACUCCCAGAAGACGCCCCCCAUGCCAAAAUUCUCCGUCUUCUCCGUGUCCUUUCUCAUCUAAAUUCUCUGGAGGCUGAACGCGUUGGUCUUGGUUCAGAAAGGCGAAACCUUCCUGACUCUGCCUUUGUGAACAAUAAGCUGACAGCCAAGUUAACACGUCAAUUGGAGGAGCCUAUGAUUGUUGCCAGGUCCUGCCUCCCUGAUUGGGCCCUCGAUCUUCCACAGCAUUUCCCCUUCCUGUUCCCGUUUGCCACCCGAUACAACUUCCUCCAAUCGACAUCGUUUGGCUAUGCCAGAUUGAUCUUAAAGUGGCAAAGUCAACAGACACGUGGUCAAGAUACCUCUCGUCGAGACGAAGGGAUCGGGUUCCUUGGCCGCUUGCAGCGACAGAAGGUCCGUAUCUCUCGAAAGCAUAUACUCGAAUCGGCUGUCAAGGUUUUCGAACUUUACGGAUCCUCUUCCUCAAUCCUCGAAGUCGAAUACUUCGAGGAGGUCGGAACGGGGUUAGGGCCAACCCUCGAAUUCUAUUCCUUGGUAUCAAAAGAGUUUGCCCGGAAAGAUUUGAAAAUUUGGCGUGACGCGGAUGCUUCUGGACCAGGAGUUUAUGUCGAUCAUCCCAAGGGCCUCUACCCAGCUCCCAUAAGCACGGAGGACAUCAUCAACGAUGGAGGACAGAAGAGAACACAUAUUUUACGCGUCAUCGGUCAAUUUGCUGCUAAAGCAAUGCUGGAUUCACGAAUCAUCGACAUGACGUUCAACAAGGUCUUUCUAAAGCUCGUCCUGGGAGAAGAGUUGCCUUUGACGAUAUCCACAUUGAGGGUCGUUGAUGUCGGACUAGCAAAUUCGCUGGCAAAAAUACAGAACAUGGCUGCCCAACACAAUGCAGUCCCAAAAGAUAAAGUUUCACAGAAGGUUGCAAAGAUAGAGCAAGUUAGUUUUGAAGAUCUUUCACUCGAUUUCACCAUUCCCGGUUAUGAAAUUGAAUUACGGGCUGGUGGAAGAGACAUUCCCGUGACAGUCGAAAAUGUCGAUGAAUACAUCCAUGAAGUAUUGGAUGCAAUCCUCGGCAAAGGGGCGGCGCUUCAAGCAAAGGCUUUCCGUGAAGGUUUCUCGAAGGUUUUCCCAAUCACAGAUCUUCGUGCGUUCUCUUCGGAUGAACUCGUCAUGCUGUUUGGCAAUUCCGAAGAGGAUUGGAGCAUAGAAAGUCUCUCAGAAGCAUUGAAGGCGGACCAUGGCUUUAACGUGGAAAGCCGUGCAAUCCGCGACCUCAUCGAGGUUAUGGCCGACUACGAUACAUCCACCCGUCGGGCCUACUUGCAGUUUAUCACGGGCAGUCCGAAAUUGCCUAUAGGUGGUUUCCGCGGCUUGAAUCCCUCUCUCACCGUCGUUCGCAAACCGCACGAAGCACCUCUGACAGCAGAUGACUAUCUCCCAAGCGUGAUGACUUGUGUAAACUAUCUCAAGCUACCGGAGUACAGUUCCAAGCGAGUCAUGAAAGAGAAGUUGGGGAUAGCCAUGCAAGAGGGAGUUGGAAGCUUCCACCUGUCGUAAG